CUCUGCUUCAUAAACCCUAAUUUAUAAUUUUAGAUUGCUUGACUGGUUAUGGUUUUCAAAUUUUAAGGAUUUUGUGAUUCUUCGGUUCUAGGGUUUCAAAUUUCAAUGCUCUACUGGAAUUCUGUUUCCAGGGUUUCAAAUUAUUAAUGGAAAUGGCAGAUUUUAAUCAGUAGGGGGUGGCUUGUCGACUCGGAGACUACUUGCAAGCUUAUUUCUGUGUUGUUGAAAUUUGAAAGAUUUGAUCAUUGCGCUUCAGCUGUAGCUCAGUCGUUAUUCCUUGUUUUGCUUUCAGGAUCUAUUUUGUGUUGCCACAUAUGGAAAAUCCCAACCACGCUAUAGCUAAUGGAAGAUUAGCAGUUAUUUCUCGGCAUUUGGCUCCUGGCAAAGGUGGAUUUUCUUGUUCUCAUGUGGGAGCUUCUGUUGCAUCUGCUCAAGAGAGCGUGCCUCCACCUGGUAAUCUGAGAGGAACCCUUACUGUUAUCGAUAACCGAACGGGCAAAAAGGUUGAAAUUGAGGUUUCUGAGGAAGGAGCUAUAAAAGCUACUGAUUUCAAGAAGCUGACUACUGGCAAGUAUGACAAAGGUCUCAAACUUUAUGAUCCCGGCUAUCUGAAUACAGCACCUGUACGUUCUGCUAUAUCUUAUAUCGAUGGAGAUGAAGGGAUUCUUAGAUACAGAGGAUACCCUAUUGAGGAAUUAGCUGAAAGCAGCACAUAUCUAGAGGUUGCCUAUCUUUUGAUGUAUGGAAACUUGCCUUCCCAAAACCAAUUAGCAGACUGGGAAUUUGCAAUUUCACAACAUUCAGCAGUUCCUCAAGGAAUUCUGGAUAUCAUACAGGCAAUGCCUCAUGAUGCACACCCUAUGGGUGUGCUUGUCUGUGCUAUGAGCACUCUAUCCGUGUUCCAUCCUGAUGCCAAUCCAGCCUUGAGGGGUCAGGAUCUUUACCAGUCAAAGGCGAUCAGGGACAAGCAGAUAGCACGCUUACUUGGAAAGGCGCCGACAAUUGCAGCAGCAGCCUAUUUGAGAUUGGCAGGAAGGCCUCCAGUUCUUCCUUCCAGCAAUCUUUCCUAUUCAGAAAACUUCUUAUACAUGUUGGAUUCACUGGGUAAUAGAUCUUACAAACCCAAUCCUCGACUAGCCCGAGUCCUUGACAUUCUCUUCAUACUCCAUGCUGAGCAUGAAAUGAACUGCUCUACUUCUGCUGCAAGACAUCUUGCCUCUAGUGGUGUGGAUGUCUAUACGGCACUUGCUGGAGCUGUUGGAGCAUUAUAUGGUCCUCUUCAUGGGGGAGCAAAUGAGGCUGUCUUAAAAAUGCUUAGCGAGAUUGGAACUGUUGAGAACAUUCCGGAGUUCAUAGAAGGUGUGAAGAACAGGAAGCGAAAAAUGUCGGGCUUUGGGCAUCGUGUAUACAAAAACUACGAUCCUCGGGCUAAGGUCAUACGCAAAUUGUCUGAGGAGGUCUUCUCAAUUGUUGGGCGUGAUCCUCUAAUUGAGGUGGCUGUAGCUUUGGAGAAAGCUGCCCUUUCAGAUGACUACUUUAUCAAGAGGAAGCUGUAUCCAAAUGUUGAUUUCUACUCCGGUUUAAUCUAUAGGGCCAUGGGCUUUCCGCCAGAGUUCUUCACGGUCCUCUUUGCAAUCCCGCGAAUGGCAGGUUACCUGGCCCAUUGGCGUGAGUCUCUUGAUGAUCCUGAUACAAAGAUCAUGAGACCUCAACAGGUCUAUACUGGUGUUUGGCUCCGGCACUAUAUGCCGUUAAAGGAAAGACUAGCUGCAUCUGAAGCCGACAGGCUCGGCCAAGUAUCCAUCUCAAAUGCAACGAGGCGACGGUUGGCAGGAUCAGGGGUAUAAAGCCAGUAUGAUGAUGGAGAGUUCUUAUGCCCUAAUGAUGGAAAGUUUGCCAAAAAUAAAAUUCUUAUGCUCUUUUUAUUUAGCACUUGAGCAGGUCUUGAAGGACCAUUGUAAUCCAGCAACACUCAAAAAAACAAUACCAUUGUGAUUUUCAGAGAAAUAAAAGUAUAUUAAAUAAAGCUACAUGAUUAUAACAAA